UUUAUCCUGGCGGGCGGAACAAAUCGUCAAGGGACGCAACCUGACCGUGCACCUGUUUGUGACCAAACUUUUAAACAUGGAUGAGGGGAACGUUCUGAAAGUUUUCCUGCUUUUCUGCAUGUGCAGCCUUGUUUACGGCAAGACAGCAGACAAGCCGAUAGAACUUACCGAGGACAACUGGAAGGAUAUAUUGGAAGGAGAAUGGAUGGUGGAAUUCAUGGCGCCGUGGUGUCCUGCAUGCAGGUCCUUUAAGGACACAUGGGAGAGUUUUGCCAAAUGGGGCAAGGAUCUUGACGUACAUGUUGGCAUAAUCGACGUCACUGAGAACCCAGGUCUGAGUGGUCGUUUUUUUGUGACAGCACUACCUACUCUCUAUCAUGUCCGAGAUGGAGUGUUCCGCCAGUAUCACGGUUCAAGGAAAGAGUCCGACCUCAUCAGCUUUAUUGAUGACAGCAAGUGGCAGGACAUCGAUCCAGUCUCGGGGUGGUUUGCUCCCAACUCUAUACAAAUGUCAACUGUAGGCUUAUUCUUCAAGGCAGCCAUGGUUAUUCGUUCCUUCUACACCACCAUGACCUCCGAGUACGGCAUCCCCGAGUGGGGCUGCUACCUCAUCUUUGCUGUACUCACCAUCAUCACAGGCCUCCUCCUCGGGCUGCUGAUUGUAUGCUGUUGUGAUAUACUGUUCCCGCCCAAAUACCAGUCUGUGAGAGUUGUUCAGCAGCACCCUCCCGAGAUGGAAGAUACUCCCGACAGGGAGGACAAGGAUGAUGACAUCCUUGAUGACACAAAGCAAACACAUGAUGAUGAUGAUGAUGAUGAUGAUAAAGAUGAUGAAACUACCACACGGCGGAGACGGGUACAGAAGGCGGAAUGAGAGGCGGCCAUGUUAUGUAUGUCUGUGUCAUGUGUGUGUGGUUUCGGUGACUGAUUAUGGAACGAGUGAUGUAAGCAAGAUUGACAACAUGCAGUGUUUUAUGAAUCAUGAAUGCAUGUGUUCUUUUUUCAGGGCUCUGUUGAUUACAGUUUUGGUUACAGAGUAUGAACAUUUAUGACCAGACCAGAGUCUGUCACAGAAACAAUCUCAGAUCUACAGUUGUCUCCGAAGUCUGUGUUUGACAGUGACAGGAUACUGCUAGUGCUGAGAUUAUUGUAUGUGACACUGACUGGUUGGUUGGUUGUGUAUGAAAAGAUGGACCCUGUUAGUGUAGAAACACUGGCUUCCCAACAACUACUGUCAGGAGCCACAAAUACGAAGGGACAUAACUCUGGUCCUUGUUAUUCUGAAAGUUUGAUCACUGUUCUUUCACUAGGAGUGGUAUCUAGACUAACAGGGUUUACUGUAGGUUAUGAUGGUGUGUGAAUCUUAGACAUUAUAUUUCAAUAAGGAAAAGCGAAAAAGAUGUUUUCUAUUAUUAACGUUUGACAUUCACUGAUCAAAGUCCGAGUAAUCAUCACACAAUCAAAAGUUGCAGUCCAUGACAGGCUAUAGCCAGGGCCAAACAUUCUUGAGACUACUUGUCGACAGUAUGUCAACGGUUGAUCAAGGAUAUAUUAUAUCAUCAAAACUAUAAAAUAUACUUUUAUAUAAAGUAUGCUUGGGAAUCCCUGUAUGCUGUCUAAACGAGUGGUUAAGAGAGUAGGUUUUGAAUGAAUACAUAAUUGCAUGUUUAUCGUGAAAUAUUAUUGUUUUAUCUAUCAUUGAGAUUUUACUGUGUUUCAAAAACUCUUGCCAACAUCAGAGGUACCAUAUUUUCAGUGUCCAGCAUUAACUAUGAGCACCGGGUACUCUAUACUUGUGUUUUAAGUAAAUUUGUCUUUGUCCCGGCAAACAUUCAAUACAGCCAAAACAGCACAGUAGCUUUAAAUGUGGCAAAUGUAACAGUGCAGCUGGUUGGAUAGAUGGUAUGUCUAUGUAGUUGGCAUGGUUACAGGAUACCUGUAGUCCAACAGCACACAAGUAGGAAUCAUCUGGUUCACUCAUACUAGUGAUUUCCAUGUAGUGUAUUUUUAUUAUAAAAUAACUUCUUGUGCUCCUUGGGCCACCAUCUUCAAUGAUCAUCAUUUAAUUCCUUAUAGUCAGAGACUGCUUGGCUGCAAGUGACAAGUUAAUCAGUGAGAGCAACUCUUGAUCAGAUAUUUCACUUAUUACGUCCUGGUUGGGUGCUUGUUAAUCAUGUGAUGUUUUCCAAGAUGAAAGCGUUAAAGCAAGCGUGAAUCAUAAUCCAGAUGACCUUGAACAGUUUUUAAAAAAAUGCCUCAUGGCCAAAAAUAUUGGAUGAAAAUUUAAUAAAUAACUUUGUGUUGCCUAAACAUGAUGUGAUGAGUGAGUGAGUGUGUAUUGCAUGAGCUGCUGUGUAUGAGGUGUUGUGUGAUGUGAGCAUAUCAAGCGUGAGUGAGCCGGGCGUACACUGCUUCAAACAGUUGGAGUGACACCUCUGUUUGUACACAGCGUUCCUCUGUGGCAGGCCCCUGUAUUUGCCUGUACUUCUGCUGGUGAUUUUGGUGUGGUAUUCAACUUGCCUUGGUCACCAUGCUGUUAUCAACACCAAAUCACAGAUAUUCUCUUCAUAAACAAUAUUGUCCUUAAGAACACUUUUAUAUUAUGUUGGGAUAAUCAAUACUUAAUCCAUGGAUGGACAAUGCCUACCCAGGUAACUGUACCAGUAUUGCUUCAAAUGGUGUCAAACCCUAACUCACUCACUCACUUACUCUUACAAGACAUCUGACAAGUGUAUUUAUGUUAACAACAUGACAAUGUGAUGCUUAUGUACCCUUCCCAGUGGAGGCAGUCCAUGAAUCAAGAUGCCAAAUUUUGUCAUGCAGAGUUACUUUCCUUGGCUACACCAGGAUAGUAUGGUCAGAAUGUCAAAUUGAGGCUGAUAUGGAUUGUUUAUUUCAACCAAGUGGUAAACAUGUUUGAUUAGAUGAACAGUCCUCCCUCUUCGACCUGGGACACUAUGCCAUGACUGAAACCCUGGUCAUGGUCACAUUCAACUGCAACAUAUUGCCAGAUGCAGUUCAUGUAAAUAUGUCAAACGUUUUGGUUAUGACUGAAGUUGAUGCUGACCUGUAAGAAAAACCUAAUUUAUGCAGUUCCUUUGAUUUUGUAAUUGCCUGUUCAAGUUGUGAGUUAAAUCUGAUGCACUGAAAUAUUAUUUAUUGAUCAUUAAUAAUGUUUACAUAGCUAAAAUGGAUGGAAUUAUCAUGAAACCGCCCUCCAGUUAUCAGAAAUCAGCGGGCUGCUGCAAAUGGUAAUGACCCCUGAUUCCUUAACGACAGGCCAUUAUCAGUGCUGUUGUCAAAUGACAUCACAGCGGGUGACGUCACAGAAGGCCAAGGCCAUGGCGUGUGCCAAGGUCGAAUGUCACCACGCUCCAUAAUGACGUCAUAAAUUUUGUUCCAUGACCUAACAGAGUUGUUUUAAGAUAACUUCAUUUAUGAUACUGUUUUGUCUUUUUAUAACACAAAUUCCAUCCAUUUUACCUAUAAUAGGGGUAACGCUGUUUUUUAGGGUGAUAUCAUUUACAGAAGCCUAUGGUCUUUUCAACUGCACUCCUUCGUUGUGCAGUUAAUAGAAGACCUUGGGCUUCUGUAAAUGAUUAUGCCAUGAAAAACAGCGUUACCCCUAUAAUAAGUAUAUGUGUUUAUUGCAGACCAUGAUAUCUGAUACUGGAGUCACCACAUUACUUACCACACCUUCCUUUCAGAGUUCCUGUUCGGGGUUUUGUGAUUUUCCUUGUAAUUGUUUAACUGUCAUAUGUAGAUAAAACAUGCACAACAUUUUACAUUUCACCACUUUAAUUAUGAUUUGUCUUUUACAAGAAAUGACUGACAAUAAAUGUUUUAAUCGCCUUAAAACUUA